GUUCGGCUAUUUGAAGGAAGUAAACACAUGUACCAACGAAAUACUGUUAUUAAAUCGAUAAUUAUCGAUAAUUAUAUGUUCCAGGUGUGAGAUCCAUGUCCCCGUCACGUUCGCCUCCUGCAAUCCUUGUAUCACAUUCACCAUCCCCAACACUCUCCGUAUCAGCGAAUACGCCAACCAUGAAUAUAAGCUGUCCUUUGAGCCCGGGCAUGGGGCCCAUUAAGAGGAGCUCCCCCGGACUGGUUUGUGUGGUAUGUGGAGACACAUCCAGUGGUAAACAUUACGGGAUCCUUGCAUGUAACGGCUGCAGUGGAUUCUUCAAACGCAGCGUCAGGCGCAAAUUGAUAUAUAGGUGCCAAGCGGGAACAGGGAUGUGUGUUGUAGACAAAGCCCACAGGAACCAGUGUCAGGCCUGUCGACUCAAGAAAUGUAUGAAUAUGGGCAUGAACAAGGACGCCGUGCAAAAUGAACGUCAGCCCCGCAAUACAGCUCAGAUUCGUCACGACCAGCUCAUAGGGGAUGCUGACCAUCCCUUGUGUCAUAACACGGCAACGGUGUCCGCAACACAUCCGGCAUUCAGUCCCGCAGCAAAUCACAGAUUCGCUUCCGGGCUGAUGACUGCGGAAAACAACGCAAAAAUUGAACAAGAAGAUGGAGUACAUGAGGAGACCAUAGACGUCACCAGCGUCGACCACGAGACGUCUGCCCCUUGUCAACAAACCACACCUUACCACGAAGCAGCUAUCUUUAACCCCGGACAGGAGACAAUGUAUGAGUGUUCAGCAAGGCUUCUCUUUAUGGCUGUCCGCUGGGCACGGAACCUUCCCUCCUUCGCUAAUCUCCCAUUCCGAGAUCAGGUUAUCCUACUUGAAGAGGCAUGGAGUGAACUUUUCCUCCUGUGUGCUAUUCAGUGGUCUAUGCCUAUGGAAGCGUCACCCCUAUUAGCUACCCAGGACCACAUGCACAACCCACCAACCAAUGGGAAAACAGGUUUCUCCGAUAUCCGGAUUCUUCGAGAGGUCUUCGCAAGAUUCAAAUCGGUUCAAGUUGAUCCAGCGGAAUUCGCUUGUUUAAAAGCAAUAGCUUUGUUUAAACCCGAGACACGCGGACUGAAGGAUCCCAUACAGGUGGAAAAUUUGCAGGAUCAGGCGCAAAUAAUGCUUGGACAGCACAUCCGGGCACAUCACCCAACGCAACCAAUAAGAUUUGGACGUCUACUCCUGAUGCUUCCUGCAUUGAAGUUCGUCUUGCCUGACAAAGUGGAGAAGAUAUUUUUCGGACGAACGAUUGGCAACACACCGAUGGAGAAGCUGUUAUGUGACAUGUUUAAAAGUUAAAAACUAUCACUUAAACGAAUGGCAGAUGGAUACAUAUUCUACAAUUUAUCAAUUUUCUCUGUUAAAAUUCAAGCCGACUAAUACUUUAGCUAGAUUUUAAAUUGCAAUUACAGAGUUAGAACGUUCCCACACACUUCGCUAUGUUUCCCGGCGUUAAUGGUUUCUUAGUAGGUGUAAUGGUAUUGUUGAUUUUAAAGUGUUAUGUUUUGAACUAAAAUUUGACAGUGUCUACUGAUUUAUAUGUAUGUGAAAAAGAUUUUUCUUCACGUUUUCCUCCAAAUAAAAUCAGAUGUGAAUUCUCUGUCACUUCCUAGAGUAUGAAUUCUCUGUCACUUCCUUGGGUGUGAAUUCUCUGACACUUCCUUGGGUGUGAAUUCUCUGUCACUUCCUAGGGUGUGAAUUAUCUGUCACUUCCUAAGGUGUGAAUUCUCUGUCACUUCCUAGGGUGUGAAUUAUCUGUCACUUCCUAGAGUGUGCAUUCUCUGUCACUUCCUAGGGUGUGAAUUCUCUGUCACUUCCUAAGGUGUGAAUUCUCUGUCACUUCCUAGGGUGUGAAUUCUCUGUCACUUCCUAGGGUGUGAAUUAUCUGUCACUUCCUAGGGUGUGAAUUAUCUGUCGCCCCUAAGGGUAUGAUAUAUAUAGCACACGCUGACAACAAUAAAAUGUCACGGCAGCACUACAAUAAUGUUUGUUCGACAAUUUAAUCACGCGAUUAAUAGAAUCGUCCCUACUUUGAGGGUGUGACAGAGAAAUCUCCAACCCUCGGGUUAUGUUCUUGGGUUGGAGACUUCUCUGUCACCCCUCAAAAUAGGGUAUGAUUGUAUUUCUCCCAGCAUUCCAUUUUAUUUACGCAGAUCCAGUUGUUCACAUAUUGAACACAAUAUUGGAUAUUAACACAAUGUUGACGCGACGUGAUUGAAUUGAUGUUCGUGCCGUUAUCCGGACGUCGCUGAAUUGCUAUAGUGACGUCAUUGCAUUGUUUUGGUGACGUCAUUGUAUUGUUUUGGUGACGUCAUUGUAUUGCUACCAGAAUAUGCUAUCUGUCAUAAAAAGGGAGACAAAUCUAUGAAUGAUUGGAGAAAAUAUUAAUCUCGGCCGUAGGAUUGAUUGUGGAUACGGGGAGUCCCCAUUCCUUAACAAUUAAUUGAAGGACGUCAUGGUUACAAUACAACGACGUCACGGAACCAAUAACAAUUUUUACUGAAUAACUUUGCUUGUUGUGCAUGCAUAUUUGAUUCAUUGAUUCCAAUUAAUAUCACGUAGUUGACUUGAUAUUAUUAAUUGAAUAUUUGCAUUGUUAAAUGAAAUCAAUAUUUCAGUAGUUUGGGACAAGGCAGCUAAACUUACGUGUGACCUGGGCUGUCAGUGUAAAAUUAGACAUUGUUUUCUGUGUAUGAUUAUACCAUUGUUUUCUGUGUAUAAUAAUACCAUUGUUUUAUUACAUGUUGUCCAUGUAUAUACUCCGUAUUUCAAUUAAAUGUACAAAAUCAUUGUGUUUGGCUGUUGAUACAUGAAAAGAAUAUAUUGUGUAUUGUAAAAGACACAAAUAUCAAUGUAAACAAAUAAAAUA